AUGGAUACUGCCAACAAAAAAGAACGUGCUGUUACCAGAAUGGAAUCUGAAGCGGCCUAUGUCCCACGGUUGGUCAAUCUCCACUGCAAACUCCAUUGCACAAAGCUGACAACUCAAGAUGCGGAGUGUGCAAAUUGUGAAGAGACAUUAUCCAAUUCAGCCUGCACUUUGGAACAAGCCGCGAAAUCCACCAUUGUCAAAGCUACAAAACUUGACUUAAAAGUCCACCGAACAGCCGCAAAACGAGUUUUUGUGAGGCACUCUACAACAAAGCUUCCAAAGCCUACAUCACUCUUAAUGAUCUUGACCUCCAACAAAUUCAUAAAUAUGCGAACACCAUCAUGGACUCCACAGAGCCUCUGCCAAAUCCUUUCCUUGAGCCGGAUAUCCUACCUACCACUUGGAAACCAAGCUGCAGUUGCACCUGCGGCCAACUUGAAUCCAUAUCACAAUGCUGCCGCCGCAGCUCAAAACCAAAACGUUAAUAGGCACAUUGAGAACACUCUUGCCCACAUUUGGCGAUCCAUCCGCACCUGUUUUCUUGACGCAUGGGCAGCCUAUCUUUGUCAACAAAAAGACAAUGAUAACGCCCUCCGUAUGAAGAAAAUGUUGACUGAACUUCUCACUAAUGAAGCUACUGCUGCCACUGCAAUGCAAAUCGACCAAGAAACAGCCCUUCCUCCUGCAACCCUUGACACUCUCAUCCAGAGAGAGGUGCUUAAAGCCACUGCUCCCCUUAAAGGUACUAUUCAUGGCCUUGAAACGCAGUUAAAAAACUCACAGAGAGGUCUACCGGGAACCUCUCUCAAACCACAAGCCCCGGCAAAGGAGGACGAGGACGCGGAGGAAGAGGACGCGGAAUUCCAAACGCCGGUCGCACACCUCGACAGGAUGACCCACAAGCCACAGAAUCCGCCAACGCUUCCAACAGAGAUUCUCAAGGCACCAACACCAAUGCCUCGAGAGACAGAUCGAACAACAAGCGAUCGAACUCGUCCAACGCUGGCAACAAACGCAAGCACAGGUCCGGAAGAAAACGCAACUAGCUGUUUCUGCCAACCAAUCCGGGAGUGA